AUGACAUCGAAGGGACCGCUCAGGUUUACGGGCACAAAGCCUGGCAAGGCCGUCAAGCCUGGAACGACACUCCGUAUUCUCGGUGUCGGCGACUCGAUCACUGUUGGGUUCUUGAGCGAUCUCGAGGGCGGAGACGGUAACGGGUACAGGUUCAAGCUUCGGCAGAACCUUUCAAAAGACAGAGUUGUUUUUGUCGGUACGGAGUCAGUCCGGGGCACGAUUCCCGACAACAACUUUGCUGCUUGGAAUGCCAGGACCAUUCAGUUCAUCUCAGAUCAUGCUCGCCCAUCACUGGAUUUAAAACCCAACGUUGUACUGGUCCACGCCGGGACAAACGACAUGAAUCCGAACCUGGAUAUAGCCCUCGAAGGCAACGACCCCAAGGACGCCGCAGAACGUCUAGGCAAACUAGUCGAUCAAAUAGUGGAAGCGUGCCCAGAUGCUACAGUGCUCGUGGCCAUGAUAAUCAACACAUUAGACGAGGGACAGCAGAAGAAUACGGUCCCCUAUCAGGGACACGUUCCAGGGAUCGUUUCAUCACGCCAGGCUGCGGGUAAGCAUGUUCUAGCGGUGGAUUUCACGACGUUUCCGACUAGUAUGCUCCGAGACGGGAUUCACCCCACGAACGAAGGCUACCGUCACUUCGGCGACUACUGGUAUGACUUUAUCACGCAGAUUCCGAGCGAAUGGAUCCAACCCCCGGUUGGCGAUGCCGAGAGUCAGCUCUUGCCGAUUAAUAGCAGGCAAAAUGGAGGCGAUUAUGAUAAGGACGUCAGUUGGCUCAGAAGAUUCACCAGAUUCUUUUUGCGUACAUAG